UGCUGAUCCUGAGACCGACCUUGGCUGCUGUGUCUGACAGAGUCUUUGUCAUCUCCCGUAGAGCCUUGGCUGUGUCUCCGAGAAGAACCAAGUCAUCAGUGAAAUCCAGACAUGUUCAAAGGUGGGCUGAUGCUUUUGAUGCUGGCAUGGAUAUUUCAGGGCAGCCAUGAGGAAGAUAUGCAUAUACAGCUUCCUCCUCCCAUGGGGCAAUUUCCCGAGCCUCCCACCACCACUUCCCCUCCUACCACCAGCCUUGCUCCCCCCACUUCCACCGCCCCUCCCACUACCACCAUUGCUCUUCCCACCACCACUGCUCUACCCACUACCACUAUUUCCCCUUCCACCCCCACCACUGCUCGUCCCACUACCACCACCAGUAUUGCUCUUCCUGCCACCACCGCUGCCCCUCACAGCACGCCCACUGCUUUUCCCGCCACCACCACCGCCCCUCCCACUACCACCGUUGCUCUUCCCACCACCACUGCUCUACCCACUACCACCGCUGCCCCUCCCACCACCACUACUUCCUCUUCCACCCCCACCACCACUGCUCCUUCCAACCAAGUGGAAGAAGCCACCACCACUGCUCUACCCACUACCACCGCUUCCCCUCUCACCACCGCUACUUCCCUUUCCACUCCCACCACCACUGUUGCUCCUACUGCCCCUCCCACCACCACCACUUCCCCUCCCACCACCACCAGUAUUGCUCCUCCCACUACCACCACUACCCCUCCCACCACCACUUCCCCUCCUACCACCGCUGCUCCUCCCUCCACUACCACUGCCCCUCCCACUACCACCAUUGCUCUUCCCACCACCACUGCUCUACCCACUACUACCGCUGCCCCUCCCACCACCACUACUUCCCCUUCUACCCCCACCACUGCUCCUCCCACUACCACUGUUGCUCCUCCCACCACAACCACCAGUUUUUCCCCUCCCACUACCACAGCUGCCCCUUCUGCCACCACCACCACCACUGCCCCUCCCACUAGCACCGUUGCUCUUCCCACUACCACUGCUCUACCCACUACCACCUCUUCCAUCCCCACUACCACUGAUGCUCCUCCCACCACCACUGCUCCUUCCAACCAAGGGACAGGGGUACUUACAACCACCAGUAUUGCCCCUCCCACUACCACCGCUUCCCCUCCCACUACCACCGUUUCUCUUGCCACCACCAAUGCUCUACCCACUACCACGGCUGCCCCUCUCACCACCACUACUUCCCCUUACACCCCCACCACCACUGUUGCUCCUCCCACCACCACUUCCCCUCCUACCACCACCACCCUUCCUCCCCCCACUGCCCCUCCCGCCACCACCACCAGUAUUGCUCCUCCCACUACCACCGCUACCCCUCCCACCACCAUUGUUGCUCCUACCACCACCCUUUCUCCUCCCACCACCACCGCUACCACUGUUCCUACCACCACUGUUCCCACUACAACCACUGCCACUGUUCCUACCACCACCACCGCUCUUCCCACUACAACCGCUGACCCUCCCACUACCACCACUGCCCUUCCCACUACAACCGCUGACCCUCCCACUACCACCGCUGCCCUUCCCACCACCACCGCUGUCCUUCUUACCACCACCGCUGACCCUCCCACCACCAGUAUUGCUCCUCCCACUACCACCGCUACCCCUCCCACCACCAUUGUUGCUCCUACCACCACCCUUGCUCCUCCCACCACCACUGCUGCCACUGUUCCCACCACCACUGUUCCCACUACCACCCUCGCUCUUCCUACCACCACCACCGCUCCUCCCACUACAACCGCUGACCCUCCCACUACCACCACUGCCCUUCCCACUACAAACGCUGACCCUCCCACUACCACCGCUGCCCUUCCCACCACCACCACCGCUGACCCUCCCACCACCACUGCCGCUCUUCCCACCACCACCAUAACUUUCCCUCCAAACCAUGGGACAGGGGUACCUACCCGUCCCAUUCCACCCAACACCACUGCCCUUCCCACUACCACUGCUGCCCUUCCCACCACCACCACCAGCACCUCUGCCCCUCCCACUACCAUCACCACUGCCCCUCCCACUACCACUGCUGCCCUUCCCACCACCACCACCACCUCUGCCCCUCCCAUUACCACUGCCGCUUUUCCCACCACCACCAGUAUUGCUCCUCCCACUACCACUGCUACCCCUCCCACCACCAUUGUUGCUCCUACCACCACCACGGCUGCCACUGUUCCCACCACCACCACUAUUCCCACUACAACUACUGCCACUGUUCCCACUACCACCGCCGCUCUUCCUACCACCACCACCGCUCCUCCCACUACAACCGCUGACCCUCCCACUACCACCACUGCCCUUCCCACUACAACCGCUGACCCUCCCACUACCGCCACUGCCCUUCCCACCACCACUGCUAACCCUCCCACUACCACCGCUGCCCUUCCCACCACUACCGCUGCCCCUCCCACCACCACCACCACCACUUCCGCCCUUCCCACCACCACUGUUGACCCUCCCACUACCACCGCUGCCCUUCCCACCACUACCGCUGCCCCUCCCACCACCACCACCAUAACGUCCCCUCCCAACCAUGGGACAGGGCCGCUCUUCCCACCACCACCAUAA